CAGAUUUUUCAUAAAUUAAGAUAGUCGUGACAUAUCGGUUACCUUGAAUCGAUUAUAUUUACAUCAAUUUACAAAUGUUACAUUAUUGAUCAAUCUACGUGAAACAUUUCCGAUGAAAAUGAGGAUGCCCAAAGAGGGGACACAGAGUUUUUUAAAUUCACCUCGUUAUAUGCUCAGUGAUCUCAACUGAGAGAUUUCUAUGCGCCUUCAUCUGAACACAAAAAUCAUUCAGAUCAUAGAAAAUAAUUUACAUUGUCAGAUGAAAGCCAGAACAAGUUUUCGCUAAUCAUUUCCAGAGUUGACAUCAUAUCAAAAUAAUAAUGUUGGUGCUCAUGGGAAUUUUCAUUUCGUUCAGCGAGUACGUCCCAAUUCUUGGAAAAGUGGAGGCUCCUUUUCCAGAUAUAGAAGUAAUGAACGCGGUGAUAAAUGGACCUAUCGCCAAUAUCGAAAAGUUAGACAAAGAAAUGCUGCUGUUCAAUUUACAGUUCCUUCAGAACAUCGAUACGAGCAGAGAAAGAAAAAGAGCCGUUUUCAUGACGAUCAAAGGAAAACGUAGAUUUGACGAGAUGGACAUGAGCGAAAUCGAAAAAAUAGGAGUUUUUUUGAAGGGAAUAACUUCUUAUCAUUUGAAGACAGAGUUGGAUUGCAACAAAGUACAUAUUGUUUCUUUCCUUGGCAGAAUGAAAUUGAGGAAAAAAUUAUUAGGUGUGCUGGCUCAGUGCCUCAAGAAAGAGUUUGGAAAACAAGUUUAUCAGAGUUAUCGAUUCAUCAACAAGUUUCUGGGCAUCAUAUGUGGCUAUGGCGUUGAGGAAUUGGAACAAAUUGAUGAGGAUAACUUCAUUUUGAUUGAAGAAGAGGUGUUUUUGAACUUGGACGAAUGCAAUCCUCAUCAACUGAAGGCACUCUACGAGAUAGCGGUUAAACCGACUGUAUACGGCAUACCGCAAGGUUGGAAUAAAAGCGUGGUAAGAACCAUAGGCACCCUCUUGUCCAUAACACCACUGAAAGAUCUGCUUGGCAUGGACUACAGGGCCUUUACCGAAAUAAAUCCCAAGGUUCUGAGGGUGCUGAGCUUCGAAAAACUCGAGGUUCUGAAGAUACAUCUGCGCUAUUUCGGCUUGCAUUCCAAGAACGAAAUAUGGAGGAUUGUCGGUAUACCCAGCGGCUCGGUAGCAUCGAAGGGAAAGGUGGAAUUAUUGAUAUUUAAAUUUAUGUGCUUAUAUUAUUAUCUUCAUUUUGGAAUAUGAAUAUAGUUGACUUCUUUCAA